AUGCGUCAUCCUGUGGAUUUUGUGACGUGGGAUCAAAUGAAUGAGAAGUACCCGUCAUUUGCUGCAGAAGAAAGGAAUAUUAGGCUUGGACUCUCCACAGAUGGGUUUAAUCCUUUCAACAUGAAGAAUGUUAACAAUAGUGCAUGGCAUGUUCUGCUAGUGAAUUACAACAUGCCACCUGACAAGUGUAUGAAAGAGGAGAACAUAAUGUUGACAUUGCUGAUACCUGGUCCCACUCAACCUGGAAACAAUAUAGAUGUGUAUUUCGAACCCAUGAUAGAGGAUCUCAACCAUCUGUGGGAGAAGGGAGAGUUAACGUAUGAUGCAUUCAGUCACACCACAUUCACGUUAAGGGCAAUGCUUCUCUGGACCAUACAGGAUUUUCCAGCAUAUGGAAAUCUAGCAGGCUGUAAAGUAAAAAGUAAAAUGGAUUGUCCUGUCUGCGGGAAACACACAGACAAUUUGUGGUUGAGUAAUUGCAGAAAGCACAUAUACAUGUCUCAUCGGAAGUCUCUGCCACCCAGUAAUAUUUAUGAGGAAAGAAAGCAUGGUUUGAUGAAUGAUUUUGGAAAUGUAAGAGUAACUGGAAGAAAGAGGAAGAUGAAAGAUUGUGUUGACUCUGCUUCUGAUACUAAUGAUGAAUCAGAAGAAGAAGAAGAAGAAGAAGAGGAAAUGCCGGUCAGACAUAAUUUAGACGUGAUGCACGUAGAUAGAAAUGUUGCGGCUAGUCUGGUUGCUACAUUUUUGCAUUGUGGGAAAUCAAAGGAUGGUGUUAAUGCUCGAAAAGAUCUGCAACUUCUUGCUCCUUGGUCUUUGUCCAAAACUGAGAAGAAAGUAUUCUGUAAGCGCCUAUUUGACUUCAGAGGUCCAGAUGGUUAUUGUUCAAAUAUUUCAAGAUGCAUUAAGAUGGAAGAUUAUACCAUCAAAGGACUUAAAUCACAUGAUUAUCAUGUGUUGAUGCAACAACUUCUUCCGGUUGCAAUUAGAGGUUUGUUACCUAAAGGUGUAAGGAUAGCUAUUGGACGCUUAUGUGCUUUCUUCAACCAACUGUGUCAGCGAGUGAUUGACAGAGAGACAAUUUCUGUAAUCGAGCAUGAAAUUGUGGAAACUAUCUGCAUGUUCGAGAGGUUCUUUCCACCAAAAUUCUUUGAUAUAAUGGUGCAUUUGACUGUACACUUAGGCAGGAAAGCUCGGUUAUGUGGACCAGUUCAUUUUCGCUGGAUGUACCCAUUUGAGAGUGAUUUUUUGAAAAAAACAACAAAUGCUGAUGAGGAACUCGAUAGAAAUGAUGAUUAUGAGAAUUGCUCUAUACUGGAGGGUCGUCCUAUAUCAGCAGGCACUUCAUGUACUCUCACUAACAAUGAGAGGAACAUAGCACAUCUUGCUGUGAUUCACAAUAUGGCCUUGCUUGAUCCUUAUGUAGAGUAA